UAGAAUGGGGAGAGGUCAGUGCUGGUACAUUAUGGGGAGAAGAGGCACCAGCCCGAUUCCUACACUGGCAAUGUCUUAUUUUGGGAAGGAAAAAGCUUCUUCAGGUUUUUUAACUUCUAUCCAAGAUGCCAGCAGACAGCUCCAAGUGGCAAAGAGCAAUCUACUAAGUGUUUAUCAGUGUGGGGAGACAUCUCUUCCUGCUGGGGUUUUGGUUCCAGGAGUGCUCAGAAGGAAAACACAGGAAAUUGCAGCUCCUUCACAUGUAGAAGCAACCCUUGUGUAUCAGGAGAAGACACUAAAGCAGCCUUGUAGUGGUGCCCAGCAGAGUCCAAGGUUCCCUCUCAGUAGCAGAUCAGGGUACAGGGACAUAAGGUGGGAGCCUUAUAGUGGACACUAUUGUGGAAGGUAUUCUAGAAAGUUUCCCCAGCAUAAACAGGAUGAGAUCUCUAUAUGGGAUUAUCCAUCUGAAUGGGUCAGAGACAAGCAGCCAUGUGGCCCCUCCGGCAUGUAUCCAAGUGCCUCUGUGAAAGGAUAUCCUCCAACCCAGCAAAGGAAUGGGCAGCACGUUGGUGAGCUGGGCAGCCCCGGGGGAGACUUCCCACUGGCUACCUGUGGAUUUCCUCCCAGAGGUGCUUUUCUUAUGCCCAUAAAACUCAGUAAGAACAGAGGUCGACAGUCAGUGCAGAACCCUCCUCCAAACAUUUGCAUCCUCACUCUUGCCAUGAUGAUAGCUGGCAUCCCCACAGUGCCUGUGCCAGGGAUUAAAGAGGAGGAUCUGAUCAGAGCUGCACAGAACUUCAUGGCAGAGAAUCCAGAGCAAGGUGUACAGAGGGAGAUAACUCCAAAAAGGACAGAGGAUGCACAGUUCUGGAAGACAGACAGACAGAGGAAGAGACCAGUAGACAGAGGCUUCCAGCCCCCUUCCAUAGCACACUUUGAGAAGUAAAGCCAAGGAGAAAUUCACAAUUCAAAGCAAAAGGCUUUCAGGAAAAUAUUUGAUGCUAUAUUUACAUAAAGGAGUUUAUAUUACAGAACUCUAGUGCAAAAGGAAACCUUUGACCAUACAGUAGUUCUGUUCCUGUGAAUGGAGUGUGGAUUCUGAUGUUAACAAAACUGAAUGAACCAUUGAGCCAAAAAAACACCCCACAAAACAAACCACAAACAGUUUGACAUGACAUGACUAAACCAGGCUGAGCCAGGGUGGAACAAAUUACUGACCUAAAUAGCACCUUCUGUCCUAUUCCCUCACCACUCCCUGUUGACUGGUACAGAAAAUUAUAUCUACAUCUCCCUGCCCCCAGGGUCUCCUUGCCUGAAGGUGCCAGAGAGGGACCACGCACCAACCCAUCCAUAUAUCCCCAUGUCGUGCAGCAGCUCUUACUGGCUGGGACUGGGACUGGGACUGCUCUCUCCUCUGCAUGCCCACUACAGUACAUUUAAAUCUCCGAUUUCUCCACUUCGCUGUUUGUUUUACCGUAACUCUAAUUUCAGAGGGGAGCUGUGUUAGUCUGGAUCUGUAAAAAGCAACAAACAGUCCUGUGGCACCUUAUAGACUAACAGAUGUAUUGGUGCCACAGGAUUCUUUGUUGCUUUUUACAGAUUUAUGGUAACACUGUUUUGUUCCCUCCUCCCAUGUCAGUGACACAAGCCUAUUGACGAUAGAGGGCAGGUUUAUGUGGAAUUAAGAGCUGCCAUAACCAGCCAAACCAUUCCAGGGCUCCUAGCAGAGGCUGCAGACAGCAGCUCCCUGGUAGCACAGGUUGCUACCCUCCGCGGUUUGUGGCUCCUUAACAACCAGGUUCAGUUAAAUAAUUAGAGGCAAUGAAGUGAGAAGAGAAAAACAAAAGAUGUGGUUUCAAAACAAAGGUCUGACUUCACAUGAGCAAAUCCUGCUCUACCAGACUAGUAGGAAGCCCCAUGUCACCAUGACAGGAAAGGGAAGGGAACCACAGGCUGGCUCAGAUACACAUCCUGGGACUAAACCACAUGAACCCAGCUGCAACAACAGAUAGCAAAAGGAUCCCAUGAGUGUCUGAAUGCAUGAACUAUGGUUCAGGCAAGUUAGUCCCAGGUUAUUACCCUCCUCCCCCAUUCCAUUCCCAGCUGGGUUUCCUGUUGGCUGGGCCAGAGACAAAAUUCCUACCUAAGUCCACCUCCUUAGGUCUCAUAGCAAAAGGAAGUGUUCACCCAAUAGACAUUUAGGAUCUGAAGC